AUGGAGGUCGCAAAUGCAAACAAGUCCGCUAUCCCAAUCUCCAAAUUCAACUCUGAAGAAAAGACGUACGAGAUAGUGAGUGAUCUGGCAUCCAGUAACGCGGUGGUGUUGUUCAGUAUGAGUGGAUGUUGCAUGUGCACUGUGGCUAAGCGUCUUCUCUUCGGCCUUGGAGUUGGCCCGACUAUUGUGGAGCUGGAUCACCACGCAGCCGGGCAAGAGAUUCAUUCCCUUCUUUUUAAGCUGGCAUCGGACGGCCAGCAUAAGCCUGUCCCAGCCGUCUUUGUUGGUGGGAAACUCCUUGGUGGAAUCGAAACUCUCAUGGCUUGUCACAUCAAUGGAACUUUGGUCCCACUCCUCAAGGACGCGGGUGCGCUUUGGCUUUGA